CACUGUUUGAUGCAAAGGGUUGGUUUGUUGUUUUUCCACGACGACAUCUGUCUGGGGGGCAGACGGACAACCUUUUAUCGAAUAUAAAAGCACCGAAGGAUUGUACCUUCCUGUCCAACUCCACUUUCGAUUCUCCCUGUCCAAUUCCACAAUGAACGCUUUUUGUACCAAAUCGGCGAUAUCGCGCGUCCAAUCGCUUGUUGGAACAGCAUCACAGCGCUCAACCUUGUGUCGGUUGUCACGAAACAAGCCAACACCUUCUUAUACAGGUCACGCACGCAGUCUGAAAUCAUUUUGCGGGCACCCAUCCAACGCCGUUCGUCAAUACUCUGUCGCCUCGUCCGCACCUCGACCGCCCACAACCGGCGAUAGCUACGAACCCGAAGCUCCUCAUGCAGAUGCAAACGCUCACCCUUCCACAACUACUCAACUCGCCGAGGAUGCAAAGUACCUUUUGCAACUCUAUCCGAGGCCCGACGUCAUCUUCACCAAGGGUGAAGGCUGCUACUUAUAUGAUCAGGCCGGUCGCAAGUUUCUGGAUCUCAAUGCCGGAAUUGCGGUAAAUGCCUUGGGACAUGGCGAUAAACAAGUCCAGGAAAUUAUAAGCGAUCAAGCGGGAAAGUUGAUCCACCUGUCUAAUUUGUACCAUAAUGAACACGCAGGAAAAUUUGCUAAGAUGAUAGUAGAUAGCUUGCCCCAAACAAAGGAGGGGAACAUGGGCAAAGGCAGCAAGGUCUUUUUCUGCAACUCUGGAACUGAAGCCAAUGAAGCUGCAUUAAAAUUUGGUCGCAAAUGGGGCCGUCGUAACAUAAAGGCCGGAGAAACCAACACCAAGACAACCGUUGUAUCCUUUAGUAACGCCUUUCACGGUCGAUCUAUGGGCGCACUUUCUGCAACACCGACAGUCAAAUACCAAACUCCCUUUAUGCCUCUUCUGCCGGGAUUCGUAUCUGCGCCCUUCAACGAUAUUGAAGCUGCAAAACAGCUAAUUGACGAGAAUGUAUGUGCGGUCAUUGUCGAACCUGUUCAAGGUGAAGGCGGUAUAUUUCCUGCUUCACAAGAGUUUUUGCAUACGCUACGCAGCCGCUGUGAUGAAGUUGGAGCUCUGCUGAUAUUUGACGAGAUCCAGUGCGGGCUGGGCCGAACCGGCAAAUUAUUCGCUUACGAAAAUUACGGAGUCGCUCCGGAUAUCCUCACACUAGCCAAACCCCUCGCUAACGGUGUUCCGAUUGGUGCGGUUCUUCUCGCACCGCACGUGGCAGAAAUUAUUAAACCCGGCGACCAUGGCACAACAUUUGGUGGCUCUCCGUUUGCCACACGUCUCGGCAUGUCUGUUUUUGAUCGAAUUCGUAACCCGAAGUUUCUCUCCCAUGUGACUGAAGUUGGAAACUACCUCAAAUCCCAAUGUGAAGAACUCGCCAACAACUCUCCUCUGAUAUCCCAGGUCCGCGGCAUCGGAUUGAUGGUUGGCUUGCAGCUGAGGGGGUCCGUCGACCCACAAUUAUUUAUUGAUUUGGCCAGGGAACAUGGCGUUUUGGUUAUUUCGGCUGGGAAUAAUACCAUUCGCUUGGUGCCGCCUUUGAUAAUAACUAAAGAAGAGGUGGAUAAGAGUAUUCAAGUGUUUGAAAGUGUGAUCUCGGAUAUGGAGAGUUACAUUGCUGCUGGAAAGGAUUUGAAAGGAUGAGUACUCGAACGCCAGAAUGUUAUAGAGCUGGGUUACUGCCACGUGAAGUUUGGGUAUUCCGGGUUUUUUUGGUUCAAAGUAGGCACAAGUUUGUAGGGGUUAAGAGAUAUACACAUCUUUGGCGGCGGUCCGGAAUCUUGGCUUCACCCGAUGGAGAUUUUAGGGCAGAAUUCAGUUUAAAUCGUGAUACGAUAUACUUUACGGAAAUACCAACCGCGGCCCAAUGAAAAUGGGCGUUCAUGUUUGUAAUUAAAUAUCAUAAGGUCAUGUACUAGUGGUUGCGUCCGUCGCAUCAGCAGCCACCUCGUCGGGCAGCGCAUCCCGUCCCACG